AGUGCUCCAGGCAACCCUGCACGUGACGCUUGCAGAGGAAGGGGAGAGAGGCGCGGGACGGCGUCUAGGGAAUCGAGGUGCCGGCUGCUCCUUCCUCACAAUUUGGUUUGUGCUGCAAGGGGAGGGUCCUCAUCAUCUGGCCCCAGUGGUGUAAUGAGCUGACUGGGAUUCGGUCACUGACUUGGAGCCGCUCCGGGGAAGUCCCGGUGGGUGAGGUUUCGCGGCGCCUGGUCCCGUUUCUCGGCAGUCAGGCCAGGAGGGGGUGGGGAAGGUGCGAACAGCCGGGGGCUCGGAGCUCGCGCCCCACCCAGGUUGCGGCCGCCCGGGGAGGAAGCGCGUAUAGGUUGAGUGCAAAGUUUCCUUUUUUGCUUUCUCGUCAGAGCAGCUCAGACAGGCGGUGGGUGGGAAUGCCUCACUUCAGUUUGAAGAGGGUCCGGAGCCAAAGGGGUUAAAACAAGCGACCCCCCCCCCCCACCCACUUCCCGCCUCCCUAAAACGCACAACCCGCUAGCCAUGGGCAGCCGCGACCACCUGUUCAAAGUGCUGGUGGUGGGGGACGCCGCAGUGGGCAAGACGUCGCUGGUGCAGCGAUAUUCCCAGGACAGCUUCAGCAAACACUACAAGUCCACGGUGGGAGGGCAGGAGCGCUUCACCUCUAUGACACGACUGUAUUAUCGGGAUGCCUCUGCCUGUGUUAUUAUGUUUGACGUUACCAAUGCCACUACCUUCAGCAACAGCCAGAGGUGGAAACAGGACCUAGACAGCAAGCUCACACUACCCAAUGGAGAGCCGGUGCCCUGCCUGCUCUUGGCCAACAAGUGUGAUCUGUCCCCUUGGGCAGUGAGCCGGGACCAGAUUGACCGGUUCAGUAAAGAGAACGGUUUCACAGGUUGGACAGAAACAUCAGUCAAGGAGAACAAAAAUAUUAAUGAGGCUAUGAGAAUCCUCAUUGAAAAGAUGAUGAGAAAUUCCACAGAAGAUAUCAUGUCUUUGUCCACCCAAGGGGACUACAUCAAUCUACAAACCAAGUCCUCCAGCUGGUCCUGCUGCUAAUAGUGUUUGGCUUAUUUUCCAUCCUAGUUCUGUGAGGUCUUUUAAGUCUCUUCCCUUUGGUUGCCCACCUGACAAUUUUAUUAAGUACAUUUGAAUUGUCUCCUGACUACUGUCCAGUAAGGAGGCCCAUUGUCACUUGGAAAAGACACCUGGAACCCAUGUGCAUUUCUGCAUCUCCUGGAUUAGCCUUUGACAUGUUGCUGGCUCACGUUAGUGCCAGUUAGUGCAUUCGGUGUAAGAUCAUCUCAUCAGCCCUCGACUUGUGAUCCGGAAUUUUGUGAGAAGGAUUAGAAAUCGGCACCUGCGUUUGAGAGACCAUAAUUCUCACCUACUUCUGAGCUUAUUUUUCCAUUUGAUAUUCACUGAUAUCAUGACUUCCAAUUGAGAGGAAAAUUAGAUCAAAUGUCAUUUCCCAAAUUUCUUGUAUGCCAUUGUUUCAGAUUCUUUCUGUCUUGGAAUGUAAACAUCUGAUUCUGGAAUGCAGAAGGAGGGAGUCUGGGCAUCUGUGGAUUUUUGGCUACUAGAAGUGACCCAGAAGUCACUAUAUUUUUGAAACUUCUAAAGUCAUAAUUAAGUUUCUCUUGUCUUGGCAUCAAGAAUAGUCAAGUUUUUUGGCCGGGCAUGGUGGCUCAUGCCUGUAAUCCCAGCACUUGGGGAGGCCAAGGCGGGCAGAUCACAUGAGGCCAGGAAUUCGAGACCAAUCUGGCCAGCAUGGCAAAACCCCAUCUCUACUAAAAGUACAAAAAUUAGCCAGGUGUGAUGGCACGUGUCUGUAAUCCCAGCUACUCUGGAGACUGAGGUGGGAGAAUCGCUUGAGACUGGGAGGCAGAGGUUGCAGUGAACCGAGAUCAUGCCACUGCACUUCAGCCUGGGUGACAGAGCAAGACUCCGUCUCAAAAAAAAAGAAAAAAGAAUAGUCAUUUUUAAACUACCUAUCUCAUGCAAUGAAAGCAUUUUCUUCCACAAAGAGCUUAAUCCUCAUGAAAGGAUUGCCUAGUGUCUCCUAUUUGCAGGUUUCUGGGUUGAUGUCUUAAUGCAUAAUACUGCAAGUGACAUCAGUUGGCUGUGAUGCUUCGAAAUAGGUCUGCUCCUCACAGCUUUGGGAAUCUGAAUGGAAGAAGAAAAGAGAGAAGUUAACAACCUCCACUGGGGCAACUUUGUGAGCAUGUAGGCACUUAGUCAUAGGAAACAUAUUACGUGCAGGCCCUAGCCUGGGGGAGGAAAGUAGAUAGACAAAAAAUCAUUAGGUAAUUUAAGUACUAUAUUGGGCAGGGCUUUUUAGUAUCAAAUCACCACUAGACCAUUUAAUUUGUUAAAUUAUCUCUAGGAUAGUGAUUUAUAACCUACCCAAAGUUAUAGAUAUUCUUACGAAACUCAGAGGCCUGAAGUUCUUUGAUAGACCUUAAAUAAGUGUCCUAAGUCAGUGGUUCCCAAAUCUGGCUGGUCAGGAAUACCUGGGAAGUUUGUUAAAAUUUUUUUUAAAAUGUUUUAAGAUUUUUGGGUCCUGAGCCGGGCGCAGUGGCUCGCACCUGUAAUCCCAGCACUUUGGGAGGCUGAGGCAGGUGGAUUGCCUGAGGUCAGGAGUUCAAGAUCAACCUGACCAAAAUACUGAAACCCCGUCUCUACUAAAAAUACAAAAAAUUAGCUGGGCGUGAUGGCGGGCACCUGUAAUCCCAGCUACUUGGGAGGCUGAGGCAGGAGAAUCGCUUGAACCCAGGAGUUAGAGGUUGCAGUGAGCUGAGAUGGCACCAUUGCACUCCAGCCUGGGCAACAAGAGUGAAACUCCUUCUCAAAAGAAAAGAAAAAAAGAUUUUUGGGUUCUGACCUCAAACCUACUGAAUCAGAAUUUCUAGGGAUGUAGCCUAGGAAUGUGUUGUUGUUUUCAAAGCUUCCCUGGUGAUUGUGAUCAGCCUGGUUUGGAAACCAUUGCUGGAGAACUUUGUAAAGAUACAGAGACCCAGACCUCUUGUAUUUACAUUUAAAUACAAAUACAAAUCCUGGGUGUCUAUACGCUCUGUUAGCUUUUCAGGUGAUUCUGCUACAUAGACGUUGAAAACCACUGCCCUAAGAGAUCAGAGGCCACAUAUCAGAGAGAGAAAAGGGGCCAAACCUUCGGUGGUUUGUUGUGUGUGUUUUUUAAUGCCAAUUAUUUUAACUUGCACAGUCUUCUGAAACCUUGUAUUAAUAGUUCUCUUUUGUAUUACCAUUUUCAGGUAGGGUUUUGAUCACUAUGAUUCUGAAGAUAAUAGUGGAAUAGCGAAUUUCAUUGAUAUGAAGAGAUAAUUGAUUUUCAUUCAUUGGUUUGAACACCUGCAAAAUCACAAAUAAAUGAGAACUAAGUCUUGUA